AUGUCCUCGCCCCAGCUCUAUGCCAUCGCCGACUUUUGCCUCAUCCCCAUGGGACUCCCCACGCCUUCUGUAGGACCUGAGAUUGCCGAGGUUCAGAGGGUUUUGGAAAAGUCGGGACUCGAGUACACAAUGGAUAGAGCAGUUCUGACGGCGCAUAGCGGUUAUGGAACCAACGUCGAAGGUCCUUGGGACGCAGUGAUGAAAGCCAUCGGUGACUGCCAUACCGCUGUCCAUGCUUUGGGAACACCUAGAAUUGCUACGGACAUCCGAAUUGGUACCCGUACCGACAAAUCCAUAUCAUCGGGCGGUAACGACGGCAAGAAGAAGCGCGUGGAAGACAUCUUGGCGGCUGAGAAACAGAAGCAGUAA